AUGGUUUUACAUCAGUUCGAUUACAUCUUCGCCAUUGCGAUGAUGUUUGCAUUCUUAGACGCUUUCAACAUCGGCGCAAACGACGUCGCAAAUUCGUUUGCUUCGGCGAUAUCCUCCAGGUCACUCGAAUACUGGCAGGCUAUGGUGUUAGCGGGUUUGUGUGAGUUUUUGGGGGCUGUGCUGGCAGGUGCAAGAGUGUCCAGCACUAUCAAAAAUAAUAUUAUUGACGCUUCCACCUUUAAUAACGACCCGGCAGUUUUGAUGUUGACAAUGGCCUGCGCUUUGGUAGGUUCGGCCUGCUGGUUGACAAUUGCCACAUCGAUCGGGUUGCCGGUCUCGACCACACACUCUAUUGUAGGCGGCACUAUUGGUGCUGGUAUCGCUGCUGGCGGCGCCAAAGGGGUUGUCUGGGGCUGGAGCGGUGUUUCUCAAAUUAUCGCCUCGUGGUUUAUUGCCCCAGUCUUAGCAGGUGCUAUUGCUGCUAUCAUUUUUUUGAUGUCUAAGCUCACCGUCUUAGAUAUCAAGUCAGUGGAAAGAUCAGUCAAAAAUGCCUUAAUGCUGGUGGGUUUCCUAGUCUUCGCUACAUUUUCCAUUCUAACCAUGUUGAUCGUUUGGAAGGGAUCUCCUAACUUGCAUUUGGAUAAAUUAUCAGAAACAGAAACAGCGUUGUCUAUUGUGAUCACUGGUGCAGUUGCUACAGCAAUCUACUUCAUUUUCUUCUAUCCAUUCUACCGCAGAAAGUUAUUGAACCAAGAUUGGACUCUAAGAUUGAUUGACAUCUUCAGAGGGCCAAUAUUUUACUUUAAAUCCACAGAUGAUAUUACACCAAUACCAGAAAACCGUCAAUUAACAAUCGAUUUCUACGAAGGAAGAAGAUUUCCCGACGAUACCGUCAAGGUUGAAGAUGUGGAAAACACUGUGGUGCUAGAUGACUCUACAAAAUCAUUUGAGGGCAAUGAAAACACCGUUCAAAAACAAGUUUCGGUCCAGCUUGAAACGGAAACAGAGAAGAAAAUGACCACCAAGCAAUACUGGUGGUCCCUACUGAAACAAGGUCCUAAAAAAUGGAGACAUUUAUUGUGGUUGGUGAUUUCUCAUGGGUGGACACAAGAUGUUGUUGGAGCCCAAGUAAACGAGAAAGAUAUGCUCUCUGGUGACCUCAAGGACAUGUACAAGAGAUCUAAGUUCUACGAUAACAGAGUUGAAUACAUCUACUCGGUUUUGCAGACUAUCACUGCGGCAACUAUGUCUUUUGCUCAUGGUGCUAACGAUGUUGCCAAUGCUACCGGACCUUUAUCUGUUGUUUACGAAAUCUGGAAAACCAACUCCUCUUCAGCAAAAUCCGAAGUCCCAGUGUGGAUUUUAGCGUAUGGUGGUGGAGCUUUGGUGCUUGGCUGCUGGAUCUACGGUUAUAACAUUAUCAAAAACUUGGGUAACAAGAUCAUUUUACAGUCACCCUCAAGAGGCUUCUCGAUCGAGUUGGCUGCCGCCAUUACAACUGUAAUGGCUACUCAAUUAGCAAUUCCAACAUCAACCACCCAAAUUGCUGUCGGUGGUAUUGUUGCUGUUGGUUUGUGUAAUAGAGAUGUUAAGUCAGUCAACUGGAAAAUGGUAGCCUGGUGUUAUUCCGGUUGGUUUUUGACGUUGCCAAUUGCUGGUUUGAUUGCCGGUAUCUUGAACGGUAUUAUCCUUAACGCUCCACGGUUUGGCGGGGAAUAUAAGAUGACCUAA